AUGGAGAAGAAUAAAGCUACAAAAAUGAAUGCUGCAAAAGAUUCCAGUCGUCUGACGAUCGCUGUUUUCAUCAUCGCGUUUGUCAAUUACACCGAUUGCGACGUAGUUACAGAAACUCCGAAAAAUGUUCUACAAAGAGAUAGGCCCUAUCCGAGUAAUGAAAUUCCCGAGCCAGAGAUUUUGCCUGUUCUGCACGGGAACGACACACGAUGUCGAAUAUCCGAAUACCAUUGCAACAACAAGAAAUGUGUGCCCAUAAACCGAUUCUGCGAUGGCACCAACGAUUGCGGUGACUCGUCAGACGAGCCAAGACAUUGCACACGAUGCAACAGAACGUACUACGGUGACAUCGGUAGAACCUAUGAGUUGGAACUGCAUAGACCCCGGGAGGAUCUGGUUCCGUAUGUGUGCCUUUUAACCAUAACGGCGGCUGGAGGUAUUCACGGAGACUUAGUACAGGUUCUAUUCGAUAGCUUCACGCUGGGCCGGUUCACAUCGUUCACCGAAGACGGCUGCCCCGAUGGUUACAUGCAAAUCCAAGAGGCUAGUAGACCCCAGGAGCAGAACAAUUAUAAUUUUGAUUUUCGAAUGGCAUACAAGGUUCUGAGGAAAGAAUAUGCUACGGUACGGUACGGUGGCUCCCCUCCAUCUGAGAGGCCAUUUUUUAAAUUGAGACCGAUGCCCCCUCCAUUAAACAUAUCGCGUAACGAAGACCAGAGCGUUGCGAGGCCAAAGAAUUACUUUUACUUAGGCGAUUUGAUAUCGGGGACGUACUGCUCGCGGAUAUUCAGCGAUUGCGAUCGUAAAAAAUGCCGUUUGCAGUCACCCAACUACCCUGGCGUAUACCCGAGGAACUUGACCUGUUAUUACGCGGUACGUCAGCAUGAGGUGCCCCAGGGGAAGCAUGCGCUGAUCAUAGUCAAGCAGCCGAACGGGCAGCUGGUCUCGAUAAGGAGCCAGAAAGCUUUGUACGCAGCGGCACAGCAGGAAAGGGGCAAUAGUGGCAGGGAGCUGAAAUUCUGGCAGCAGUGUGACGAAGUACAGGAUUACGUCACAGUCUACGACGGCUACACGACACGGGACCCUGUUAUAUUGAGGUUUUGUGGCGGAGGCGUGCCAGUGCCGGAGGCGAUAUCGAGCGGCCCCGAGUUGCUUGUGGAGUUCACAACUUCGCCCUUCGGAACUUUCUUACAACCAGCGACAUUACAAUCGCUCCACGGAUUCCAACUUGAGGUUGAGGUAAGAUUUGUCGAUCAACAAUCGCCUACUUAUGCAAAAAACAAAAGGGCCUGCGAGUUUUGGAUACGAGGGACGGGAAAAGGUGUUUUGGAGCACCCUCAGCACUCGCUACCUCCCAACACCACUUGUCUGUACCACAUGCAGGGGAUUGACACGUCAGGGCCGUCGGGGAGGAACAUAAUUUACAGGAGGCCGUCGUUCUCGGCGCCGAGAUUUCGCGUGUGGUUCUCGGUUCUGAAAUUUUACGUAACGAACGCGUUAAAUCCGAAUUUGCCCGAGGACGAGUAUUGCGGUAGCCAUUUGAAUAUAUGGGACGGCCCCAUGCGGAUAUCGCCCGGUUGCAGCGAUAUAUUUUGUGACAGAGAACGCUCGGUGCAAAUGUCAAGAGCGACGUCGCCCCAGUCCGUUAUUGUUGGACGUCCUCCAACAAAUGCUACUUUAAUCGCGAGGUUCUGCCGUGAGCGGGCACCGCGCACUUGCGAACAUGCUUUAUUACGGAAAUCUAGGGCUUGCACUCGCACCGAGAGCUUUCUCUCCAAAGGGGACUCUUUAACGCUGGAGCUAAAGUUGACUCAAGGGACCGCUCUGAAGCCUGUAUUCUUCAAGGCACUAUACGAGUUUGUGGACCUGCAUCAAGACGGCGAGCCGUGGGGUCGAGGUCCAUGCUCUAGGCGUUUCGCUUCCCGUUCUUUCCCCGAAGCACCUCCCGACCCUCCAGUCAGUUUCUCAUCCCCACGAGACGUCUUCCUGUACGGUAGAGGAGGCAAACGAAACAUCAGCUGUACAUAUCGAUUUGAAGCAAACCCCGGUGAGAUCGUACGGCUCCGUGUAUGGGGUAUUCGCAGUGGGGGAAGGUUGUGUAGAUCUGUUCACUCCGCCCACUCGGCCUGGUAUCGAUGUGGUGGAGAUCCAACAGCUGCCCUCAGGGUUUUUGAACGACCGUGGAGAGACAACGGCCCUGGGGUACCCCGAGAUUGCUUGUGCAGUGACGUAGGAGAUUACGAGUUUACAUCGCGGUCGACGGUUGCUGAAUUGAAGUUCGAUGUCGUCAAUAUGACCGCCACGGACGAUUUCCGGUCAUUCGGAUUCGAAGCGUCAGUCGAAUUUGUCAGGCAGGAAAUCUUGUGUGAAAACACCCACAGAGCUUUCGGGGCUAGCGGCGAACUAAGGCUAACGGCGACACCGACAUCUGAAUUGGAUCGCUGCGAGAUUCGUCCGUGGCUGAUUGAUCCUUCACCGGGCAGAUAUCUUUAUCUCCAAAUUAAGGGAAUCGUCAUAAAGGAACCCGAAUUGGACAACUUUACUCUCCUCAACAAUAUCACUGUCGCACCAGACCUCAGACACUUAUGCAGAACGCCAAAUCGGAUCGCAAUAUACGCUGGUGGCUUGACGCCCAUAUUUAUUUGUCCUGAACCGCCCGGGGACGAUGUAGUGGAAAUUUUUUCCGAUGGUUGGUCUAAAGAAGUGGACCCACUAGCCCGUCACGUUCUAGCACCACCCCCGUCGCCUGAUCAUUUCGACUUAGACUGGCCGCGAUCGUUAUCUGUUGAACUUAUAGCAGAAGAAAGCGGCUCUUAUUACCUUACAUGGUUGGAACUUUCUAGAAGGCAUGCCAGUGAGCGUGGUGGAGUAUUCGCUCUCUCGGGUGAAUGCCAGUACCGAUGCGCGUCGUUGGACGCGUGCAUCGCUCCAGCGCUGUGGUGCGACGGCGUUGUGCAAUGUCCCCAGGGCGAGGACGAACGCCUGUCGGAGUGCUCAGCGCUGUUGCGGGUGCCAGCGCAUUACGCUGCAGCGCUGCUUGCGCUGACAAUAUUGACAGUUUUCGCUGUGAUAGCGGUAGCGCGUACCUGCCGCCGUAGACGCUCAGCCCUGCAGCACCGCCUCAAGAGCCUGUCUUCGGACACGGCGAUCUUCGAAGAGAAGGAGGUGAUUUGC